AUGUCUAGCAACAGUACCAACAGUACAACCUCCAGCUCUAAUUCCACUACAAGCACUUCCACACAGCAAGUGCUGACCGCGCUGAUCAGUAAUGGGGUUAUCUUUGCUGCGUUUGUCUCCUCAUUCCUACUUCUAAGAAUCAAAUUGAAGAGAAUAUAUGAACCCAAAUCCUCUUUCACUCUAAUAAACGACGAGAAAAAACCAGACCCUCUGCCGAAGGGUAUCUGGCAAUGGCUGGUUCCGCUACUGAAGAAAUCGGAUAAUUUCAUCAUCCAACAGGCAGGUUUAGACGGAUAUUUUUUCCUUCGAUACUUGGCUAUAAUAUCCUUCUAUUGUUUGUUUUCCAUGGCUUACGUGUUCCCAAUCCUUCUACCCAUCAAUGCAAGUAACGGGAAUCACGAAUCUGGCCUGAAUCAAUUGGCUUACCAGAACGUGAAACAUUCGGGUAGAUACUACGCUCAUGUUUUCAUUGGAUGGAUCUUUUUUUGGGGGUUCCUCUACAUAAUAUAUAGGGAACUGCUAUAUUACACAUCUUUGAAACAGGCAGUUUUAUCUUCCCCACGUUAUGCAAAGAAGCUUUCUUCCAGAACGGUUUUAUUUCAAACAGUCCCCAAACAAUAUUUGAGUGAGCAGGAAUUCUCAAAAUUAUUCGAUGGGGUCAAGAGAGUGUGGAUUGCUAGAGGUGCAUCCACCAUCGGUGUUAAGGUUGAUGAGAGAGCAGAACUGGUUGGAACCUUGGAAAAUACCUUGAACGGUUAUUUGCAAACAAUAGUGAAAAAAGUUAUAAAGCAAAGAAAAAAAAAUGUAGAUUUAGAAAUCUCUAAUGAUUUUAACGAUUAUAUCCCAUAUAAGAAAAGACCAAAAUUCAAAAAGCAUAAAUUAUUGGUCUUUGGUAAAAAGUUGGAUACCAUUGAUUUCAUUAAGGAAAAAUUACCAGUUUUAGAGAAUGAGAUUAGGGAAAUGCAAGAUAAUCACAUCAAUGCCCCUGCAUUCAAUUCCGUCUUUGUUGAAUUUGAAUCCCAAUAUCAGGCACAAGUCGCAAAGCAAGUCGUUACAUAUCAUGCACCUGUCUUUAUGAAUCCAGCAUACAUAGGUGUUGAACCAAAAGAUGUAGUCUGGUUUAAUUUAAGAAUGCUAUGGUGGGAACGAUUAGUCAGAGAACAUGGUGCCGUGCUGGCAAUUGUUGCACUGGUGCUAUUCUGGUCCAUCCCCGUCGCAUUCGUCGGUAUGAUUUCCAACAUUACUUAUCUAACCAAUAAAUUGCAUUGGCUUCGUUUUAUUUACAACUUACCCGAUGUAUUAUUGGGUUUAUUGACUUCUUUAGCACCUACCGUGGCUCUGGCCGUUCUUAUGAUGUGUUUACCCAUUUUCAUUAGAGGAAUGGCAGUCAUAGCAGGAUCACCUUCCUCGCAAUGGGUGGAGUACUUCACACAACAAGCUUUCUUUGCUUUCCAGGUCAUUCAAGUCUUCUUAGUUACCACCCUAGCAUCUGCUGCCACAUCAGCAGUGACACAGAUUGUGGAGGAUCCAACAAGUGCAAUGAAUUUGCUUGCCUCGAAUUUACCAAAAGCUUCUAAUUUCUACAUUUCAUACAUUAUCUUACAAGGUAUGUCGACAGCAUCAGGAGCUCUAUUGCAAUUGGUUCCACUCAUUAUGUAUUAUGUUAUGGGUAAACUUCAAGAUAAUACACCAAGGAAAAAAUAUACAAGAUUUACCACUUUGGGAUCCAUGUCAUGGGGGACCACUUUCCCAGUCUACACAAAUUUGGCUGUAAUCAUAUUCUCAUACUCUAUCAUCUCUCCAAUUAUCUUAUUAUUCGGAUUUUGUGGGUUCUUCUUAUUGUACAUUGCUUAUUUGUACAACUUAACGUAUGUCUUCCAGGAAUCUCCUGAUUCAAGAGGUGUCCAUUAUCCAAGAGCUCUAUUCCAAACCAUUGUUGGGCUCUAUAUUGGCCAAAUAUGUAUGCUUGGGUUAUUUGUCGUUGGUAAAGGUUGGGGCCCCAUUGUUCUUCAAGUAAUUGGGCUUAUCAUUACGGUGAUAAUACAUAUUCAAUUAAAUUAUGCAUUUGACAGACUAAUGAGUGUGGUACCAGUAGAUACAAUGAAACCAUUGGAUGGGAAAUCGGAUACGCCAUCCUUUAAAAAUAUUUGCGAAAGAGUUGAUAAAAAUCGUAAUCCUCAAUUUGAUGGAGUGAAAGAAUUACCAACUUUCCCUAUUAAGAAAUAUCAACCGCGUUCUGCUUUAUUUAUGGAACAGGGUACCAGUGACAUGUACAGUGAAAAUACCAUCGAAUAUCAUUAUGAUGCUAGUGUCGUGGCGCAAGAAAAUGCAGAGAAUUACAUUCCUACUAUCCCACUAUUAGCAGAUGGUGAUACAACAACGAUACCACCAGCUCCAUUUUGGAAAAGGUUUAUCAUGCCCCAUAUUUAUCUGUCCUAUAAAGCUGUUAAGGGCAGAUUGCCAGAAAUUUAUGGGUUAAUGGACCCUAAUGAAACAACAGAUGAGAAUGCUAUUGCUCAUGCUUACGAUUAUCCUGCUGUUAGUGCCAAGUGUCCUUUGAUCUGGAUACCGAAAGAUGAAUAUGGUUUCUCCACUAGAUUAAUAAGAGAAUUUGACGGGAUUGUUACUAUUUCAGACCAAGGUGCUCAUUUCGAUGAGAACGGUAAUGUAGUUGUUACAGGGAAACCACCUACUGGUGCAGUUGAAAAAUUAGCUGCCGAAAGCAACUCAAGCGAUAACCCAUUCUCAGAUGGUAAGCUUGAUGGUGAAGAAUCCAUCGUGUUUUAA